AAAUUACACGUGUGUAGGCAAGAGUCACUCGUCAGCAAUGGCUAAAAAGUUAACCACAAUAACAGUUCAUUAUGUUGAGGUUAACUUCUAUUUCCCAAACAAUGGCAGCGUUACCAUAACAUGUACAUCAAGUGGUCCUCGUUUACAGGACUACACAAUAUACCAUAACGGCACUAAAGUCGCUAGAAACAUGUCGUAUACCAUUUCAACGGUGAACGGGACUCAUCCUGGAUUAUACAAUUGCACAGCAAUUAAUGGAUUAUUGGGAGAACUUUCAACUGUCAAAUUCUUAGAUGCCAAUAUGGGAAAACCAACACCAUCAAUCGCGCCAUCGACAACAACAACACGGACAGUACCAAGCUCAAGCACGACUUCACCAGGUGGUGGUACCUCAGGUAGUGUCAGUGAUAACAAUACUGGUCUCAUUGUGGGAUUAAGUCUUGGUGGGUUGGCGUUCAUCGUGAUUGUUUGUUUCCUGGUAUAUUACUGUUGCACAGGAACAUGGUUAUGUUGUUGUGCAGCAUGGUCAUGUUUUUGUGCAGCAUUGUCAUGUUGUUGUGGAGACGACGAAAGAGGAAAUGCCGACGUGAACCCGAAUGGCUCAAGAGUGAUAAGAAACCACUACGAACUGGAGGAAGAUCAUGGUGAGGAUGCAGGCGCCUACGAUACGGUGAAACAAUCCGAUGAUGGUGAAGGCUCGCAGGAUAAGAAGAAGCCUGCUGGAGACUCACUCCCCCCCGUUUAUGCCUCGGUAAAUAAGGAAAACAGACAAGGGAACACGCUGUAUGCAUCUCUGGACUCUGAGGCAUUGAGGAAGCCUGGGUCGAAGAAAAAACAACCGGAAACAAAAAAUGCACCAACUGAGUAUGCGAGCAUUGACUUCAUGCAGACCGGGAAGACACCAAAUGCAGAUAACGCAUAAACAUAACUGAGGAUGGCAAAGACUAAGAGAAGUUGAUUCGAGUGAUAUGUACAUAAUAAGAAGUGGAUUUUAAACAUUCUAUAGCUUAAAGUAAUUGAUUACCAAUCACCUAUUAAGUGCAUGAACAUAGAAUAAAGUAGAGUUUCUCAAAUAUUUUGUAGUUUUCCGCGGUGGAAAUUCUACCGUGGUAUUCGUGCGGUGGGAAAUAUUUACGGGAAAUAUUUAUUCAACUUUUAUCGGAAAAACGAUUUUCUUUUUUUAUGAUCUUCAUACAAAGUGUGAAAUUUUGCACGAUGUCUUGUGUUUUUGCAACAUUGGCAAAGCCAGCAGCUUUUAAAGCGGUUUCAGUUUCCCAAUCUAGCUACCUAGUCGGCUAGUCGCUGAGUGUAUAUGGAUGAAAUUCCAACUUAACUGCUUUUUGUUAUGGUUUGGCAAUCUUUUGAGCCAAUUUGCAUGCAUGUCUACAGAGAGUUUUUAGAAUUUGAUUCGAUAUAAUUAUAUCACUGUAUUUGGCAAUACGUAAUGGUGUGCUGUCUAAAAAACUGCGGAAUUUUAGGAACACGAGAAUACGUAAUAGCGUUUUUCUGUUAUAUUACUAUAUGUGUAUUCACGAUUUGUUUUAAUAGUUAGUUUUAUAUAACAAGUAUAGUUAUUAGUGUCACGCCAUAGGUUGUGAUUUAUAUAUUGACGAGAGCUUACUAACUUUUUGCCUUUUUUUCAACCAGUUUAAGUUCCCGGUUGAGCACCUUGCCUCAAACACUAUUGCUGCAUGG